AUGGCGACCUCAAUUAUCAACCCCCAAUUGCGACUGCUCAAUGCUCUCCGAGCCAACGCGAAGCCGAUCAUGACCUUCUUAGGGCUUCCGUCCUUCCGCACCGCCCAGAUGGUCGCCCAGACCGGGCUGGAUGGCAUCAUCAUCGACUGCGAACAUGGCCAUAUAAGCGACGACUCCAUGCACAGCGCCACCGCUGCCAUCGCUUCCUUGGGGGUGUCGCCGCUGGUUCGGCUGCGCAUGACGCACUCCGACUUGAUCAAGAGAGCUCUGGAUGCGGGUGCACACGGCAUCGUCGUUCCGCAAAUUAAUACCGCUGAAGAAGCCCGAGCCGUCGUCUCCUAUGCCAAGUUCCCUCCACAGGGCCUUCGAGGGCAGGGUUCGGCGUUCCCAGCCCUUACUCACGGGACCGACAUCCCGACGUAUAUCAAAACAGCGAACGAUACCCUUCUUACAUGUAUUCAGAUCGAGUCGAAGUUAGGGGUCGAGAAUGUCGAUGCCAUUUGUGCUGUUCCUGGUGUUGAUAUGAUUUUCAUCGGGCCGAACGAUCUGGCAUUGUCGCUUCUGGGCUAUGUACCUGCCAAAGCGGACGAGCCUGAGUUUGUGGAUGCCAUUGAUAAAAUCGUGGGUGCCGCGAAGAGACAUGGCAAGUGGGUCGGUCGCUUGUCCAACAAUGGGGCUCUGUGUAAGGAGCAUUUGAAGGUCUUUGAUACGGUGGCUUUGAGUUAUGAUAUUCGGGCCAUGCAGAAUUGGUAUACCCGCGAAUUGGGGGUUGCACGUUCGUGA